GCAGCGCAGCGCCGAGCACCCGGCCCUCUCCCUAGGGGAGCAGGGAAGAGCCGGACGGAGCCGCGGCGCGGGGCGGGAACCGCCUAGGCCUGGGCCCGGGCCCAGUCGCCGUCGGAACUGCGGAGGCGGGGUCGAGUUUCCGGCCGGACCCUUUCCGACUUUCCCCGUUCGCAGACGGAGGGAAGGGGCGGGGCUGGGCGCGUGUUUCCGGUGCCGAGGCCGGCGCCAGUCUCAGCCUCGCCGCGCGGCCGGAGCCGGACACCGCGAGGACAGAGCCCUGCCCCGGCGCGGGUCUAAUCACAGAAAAAGAAAACAGCCGAAAUGUUGCGCAGGCCAAUAAUACAGGUGCUUCGUCAGUUUAUAAGACACGAGUCUGAUUCAGCCACCUCCUUGAUACUUGAAAGAUCCCUGAAUCGUAUCCAGUUACUUGGUCGAGUAGGACAGGACCCUGUUAUGAGGCAAGUGGAGGGGAAAAAUCCUGUUACAAUUUUUUCUCUUGCAACCAAUGAGAUGUGGCGAUCAGGGGAAAGUGAGGUGUUCCAGGCAGGUGAUAUCACCCAAAAGACAACAUGGCACAGGAUCUCUGUGUUUAGGCCAGGCCUGAGAGAUGUGGCAUAUCAGUAUGUGAAGAAGGGUGCUCGAAUCUAUGUGGAAGGGAAGAUAGACUACGGUGAAUAUACAGAUAAAAACAAUGUGAGGCGGCAGGCCACAACAAUCAUAGCAGAUAACAUUAUUUUUCUGAGCGACCAUGUCAAAGAGAAGGUGUGAGAUGUUUAGUGCUUGGACCUAUGCUAUUUCUUUCAUUUUAUAGUAUUUCCCAAUUCUGAAAUCAUGCAUAUUGCUGUAUUUUCUGUAAAACAUUAAAACACCCUUUUAUAUGGAUAAAGGAAGAACUAUGUUUUUUGGUCUUUCUCCAUCAAGCUUUGGCCUCUGAAUAUAUUUCUUUUACUACUUCUCUGUUCUAUCCUAAGGGGCAGCCCUUGGGGCUAUAUCAGUCUGAAUCAAUAAAUUUAUUAUUAGACAUUGCA